UUUAAAUUGAAUCAUUCACCAGUUUUUUUAUUCCUAUAUUUGAGUGUGAUUUGACAGAAAGUAUUCGUUUUAGCGAGUGCUCCUGAAAGCACCACAACAGUGCGGAGGGGACACAGCUACGCCCACUCAAGACGAGAGCACUGGAUCGCCAAAGAAACCUGUCACCCAAACACCUCCUCACAAAACAUUUUGUGAUUUUUAAGCUUUCCCAUCACUAAUCAAACCACUCAAGGGUGAGCCUACAAUUCCCAGAAGCCCUCGCCAAUCCGGCUCCAGUCGUUCGUUGCUAGCGUUGUCCAUUUGAGAAGAGCGUACACGUCGAUGUAAGGACUAGAGAGAAGUCGUGGAAACAGACGUUCUAUCGACUUGACAAGUUGUGGGAACAGCAGUAUGAGCGGUGACAAGUACAACACCUGCUGCAUCACCAACAUCGACUACUCCUCAGUGUGCAUCAGCACCAUGAGCGCCAGGUACGCCGACUGUCCCGGAAUGAGCUGGCGACAGAUGGACGUGCGCCAGCUCGCCUUCCCCGAUGCGUCCUAGAACGUUGUUUUAGAGAAGCCCACGCUGGAUGCUAUCAUGGUAGAGGAGAAGAGCCCCUGGGAAGUGUCCACUCAGACUGCCCGUUUCAUUCACAGGGCGCUCAGAGAGAUCAGCCGCUGCUUGAAGCCCAGAGGACUUUUGGUUUCGGUGACCUUUGCCCAGGCCUUCUUCAGAAAGCACCUGUACGCACGCAGCGAGUACAACUGGUCCAUCCAACAGUACAGUUACGGCGACGGCUUUGAGUAUUUCGUGUAUGCUAUGACCAAAGGAAAGGCGCUCAGCGCGGAAGAUGCAGCUCUGGAAAAGAAGCUAGCAGCAAAUCUCAACCUGCACAAAUCAUCACAACAAUAAACUGUGAUCACGAAGACUUCCUGUCUCAGAUUGACUUAUAGUGGGACAAUAAUUAUAUAAAUACUGAAUCUGCUACCUCUUAGGUUGGCAUUGUUAUUUUAACUAAGCCUUUAAAUUUGAAGAAUUACCUCUAUCAUACAGUUUAACCUCUCCUUUUUUAAGAACUGAUUUUGCAAUAGAUAGAGUAUAUUUUAGCAUUUUUAAAAUAUUUCUAGGACACAUUUUAUGUACCUCUAUUCUUUGAUACCAGUGUUUCCCAAGCUUUGUUGAGCCAUGGCACACCACCAAACAAAAAUCAAAAUCACAAAGUAAACUAUACGAUACUGAAAUAGUUAUGAUUUGGUCUUCAUUUACUCUCAGAUUUACUGAGUAUAAAAUCUGGCCCUUUUUAGUUGAACAUAAAAUAUUCUGUUGUAUAAAAGGCAAAAGGUUAGGUCAAUUGUACUUUCUGGAAGAGCAUUUAAUUUUUCUGCCCGUCACUAUAUGUCACCAGCAUAGAUGAACAAAGAUAACAUUAUUUUGAGUAAAUAAAUAAUCAUUUUUCUGCAAAUAUUGAAAAAAGUCAAAUUCGAUCAUUUCCCAUGACACACAUUCGCUAUUCACAAUUUGCCUGUUGGCAUUUAUGUGCUCUGCCUGAAAUGGCUGAAAAUGUCACAAGAUGGUGCCAAAGCCUUGUCUAAAUAAGAAAACAGUACAGUAAUUGGUCCAACCAAGUAUGUUGAAGUGAUAUACUGUACAGUAGAACCUGGAUAGAACGGACAAAUCGGGAUGUUGUCCAAUAUAGCCGAUUGUCCGUAACAUUGAAGCACUUUUUUUUUUAGGCCAUAUGCAUCUAUAUUACUGUACAGUCCAAAAUUUUUGCUUUUGUGGCCUAAAACGCCCAGUACAGUACAAAGUUAUUGUAAAUAAAUAUCUAAAAAAGCUUGAAAAUGUUUGAAAGUUUCGCUUUUUAUCCGAACUUCACGUCAUGGUGACAUUGUUGACGUACAGUACUCAUCGUAGGCGAGUCACUUUCAUGAGCUGCGGGGAAUUAGUGUGCUUCCUAGUUCUAAAUCUGUUGCCAAAGGCGAAUGGGUUGACAAAAAAACAAAACUGUCACUAUAUCCAAAAUAGCAUGUUCCAGAGUCCAAAGACUGUUUUGUACUCCUCAGCGUUAGCGCUGCAUGCAUGCUGCUCUCUUUCUACUCUAUGUACAAUAAACAAUAGAUAUCGUCACAUAUAUAUGGCCUAUAUGGCAUGUA